CAAGGAAAUAAAGUACCUACACAAGUCAGUCUCUCCGCUACAACUCACACAGCUCCAUAUUAAACACGUAACUCAGAAAAUAUGUUGUCAUGUUGGAGAAACCUGAACGCAACUCGCGCCAUUAUUUCACCGUGUUAUACAGCAGCGGGUUUCUUCUCUCUACAACCGCAACAAACUUUGUCUCUCUGCAGCGACAGAAGAGUUUCACGCGUGAAUCCCAACAGAAAGUGCUCAGGGAAACGCUACAAUGUGCCACCGAGCGCCGAGUUUGUUGCUCGGGUGUCAGGAAUCCCUACCAUGGCCAAACUGCCUUACCAGGAGACAGCGGACGGGCUUGAUGCGGCGUUUGUCGGUGUCCCAAUUGACACCGGGACCUCCAACCGACCCGGAGCAAGGUUUGGUCCCCGUCAGAUCAGAGUGGAGUCCGCCAUGCUGAGGGCUUACAACAGUGGCACCAGAGCAGCACCUUAUGAGUCCCUUAUGGUGGCUGAUAUUGGGGACGUCAAUGUGAAUGUGUAUGACCUGAAGGACACCUGCAAACGCAUCAUGGAGGCCUACAGGAAGAUCCUGGCUACAGGCUGCAUCCCUCUGACUAUGGGUGGUGAUCACACAAUUGCAUAUCCAAUCCUGCAAGCUGUUGCUGAGAAGUAUGGCCCAGUGGGUCUGGUCCAUGUGGAUGCUCAUGCUGACACCAGUGAUGUGGUCCUUGGGGAGAAGAUUGGACACGGGACUCCAUUCAGACGUUGUGUGGAGGAAGGGCUGUUGGACUGUAAGAGAGUGGUCCAGAUCGGCCUGCGGGGAUCAGGCUACUCUGCAGAUUCAUAUGAAUGGAGUCGUGCCCAGGGUUUCCGAGUUGUCCAAGUGGAAGAGUGUUGGUUCAAAUCUCUUGCACCUCUGAUGGCUGAGGUCAGGGCUCAGAUGGGAAGCGGUCCAGUAUACCUCAGUUUUGACAUCGAUGCUCUUGACCCGGGCUUUGCUCCUGGAACCGGCACACCAGAGAUAGCAGGACUUACUCCCAUCCAGGGAGUUGAGAUUAUCCGGGGCUGUCGUGGUCUGAAUCUUGUCGGAUGUGAUCUAGUGGAGGUAUCUCCACCCUAUGACACCACAGGGAACACUGCACUGACUGGUGCCAACCUUCUGUUUGAAAUGUUGUGUGUCCUCCCAAAAAUGAAAUACUACUGAUCAGAGUAAACCACACAGAACAGUACAGGUAGUUUGUUUACAGUCAGUACCACAUUACCUGAAUACAACAUGACCAUGUUGUUCUGCUGACUAAGCCUUUAAAUAAGCCAAAUUCUGCAACAAUUACAACUUUAUGUUUUCAUCAAAGCAAUUAAUCAAAACCAUCAAGGAGAUAAAUACAAUAUUGAGACUAAGUCAAACAUCUGACAGCACCAGAUGUUAAUUACACUAACUUGUAAAUGAAAUUCAGAACUACGGCAUCUUGAUAAAUCAGUGGAAUAUAUUCACCUUAUCUUUCAAUCUACUUUAAAAUACAGGAUAAGAUAACAAAGCAAUGUGAUUAUAUUGGUAUAUAUUAUAUUGGUAUCGGUGACAUUUGUACAGUUUAUGUUAAUAAAUCAAGCAAGCACACACUAA